UGCUGGCGUGUGAACGGCGUAUAAAUCGUGGCAAAUUCUAAUUUGUCAGUUUAUUGGACGUAAUAACCGCAGUUACGGAGUUUUUACUGGGGCGUUGGAUUUUUGGUCACGUCGCGGUGGUACAACAAACGAGGUUGUGCCAGGCAGAAGUACCAUCUCCUUUAUAGGCAGUUUAAUCACACUUAAUGGGAUAAGCUGGACCGGAGCCAGUGGCCAUAGGCUAUAGUAACGUUGUCAUUCCGCCAAGACUUUCAAGUAGAAUGAUUUCGGAAGGACACGCAGACACACAGACCGGGCGAGGUGAAGGACAGAUGAACAAUGAAGACCCUCAAGAUGAUACACAAGACAGCCAUACUACGAGGAACGCUUGGAAAUAAUUCAUCAUGAAGACUUUUUGAAAGUUUCGCCUAAUUUCCUUAUGGUGAUGGCCUGAUGAUGUAAAACUGACAUCUUUACGCACUUGAGGAGUAGUUUUAGAAUAUAUUUCGCUUCGUCUUUCAAGUGGACAUACUUGGUGAAUGGCUGAAUUCCAGACGAACACGAGACGAUUUAGGAACUGUGUUCUAUGAAAAUACACAAACCAAGUCAACUCAAGCCUCUUAGAUUUAUUGCAUCGAGAAGAAAGUACUUUGAAGACUAAAAGGUGGUGACCAAACGGGAAGAAAUGGCGUCGGCUCCUUCACAGGGGCAGGGUGACGAGGCGGCCUCGGCGGAGGGGAACUCGAUGAGGUCCGAGACACAGAGUGCAGAGGUGAAGUUCGAUAUAGAGGUGGACUUUGAAGACGACACUGGGAACGAUGCAGGGGAGGGGUCCAGUCACGACGAGGGGAGCCGGGGAACGAGAUCCUCGGGUAACCUCACCGCAAAGGACCGUGGGAGAAGUGACAUUGACGACGUUGAAGAGAUCGAAGAACCAGCUGGAAAGAAGAAAGACAAAAAGGACAAAAAGAAAAAGGAAAAAGAAAAAGCCAAGAAGAAAAAGGAGAAGGAGAAAGAUAAGAAGAAGAAGGAGAAAGAGAAGGAAAAGGAUAAGAAGAAAAGGGAGAAAGAGAAAAAGAAGGAGAAAGACAAGAAGAAGGAUAAGAAGACGCCAGUGGAAGAAGAAAUCAUCUUGAGUGACUCCAGUGAUGAAGGAGGAGCAGACAAGGAUGAUGACGAUGACGAUGAGUAA